AUGUCCUCCGUCUCCCGCUUUCGCGCCCUUCGCGCCAAUGCCACUUCCUUACCCCAUCGGAGCCGGAGAUGGACCAGCACAGCCAGCGAGCCAACAGAGCCACUGAAAUCCAUCCUGAUAGCCAAUCGUGGUGAGAUCGCUCUUCGGGUCGGCAAGACUGCAUCUCAGUAUGGCAUCAGGACGACAACCCUCUACACGGACCCAGACAGGCUCAGUCAACACGCCCUUAGCUCCCCUUUCGCGGUCAACCUAGGCAGUACAGAUCAGUACCUCAAUGGCGAACGGAUCAUCCAGGUGGCUCGUGAGCGAGGAUGCCAGGCUAUCCACCCAGGUUACGGCUUCUUGAGCGAGAACGCAGCUUUCGCGAAAGCAUGUACGGAUGCUGGAGUCAAGUUCAUCGGCCCUCCAUACAAGGCGAUUGAGGCGAUGGGCGACAAGUCCAGGUCAAAGGAGAUCAUGACUGAAGCCGGAGUACCUUGCAUCCCCGGCUACCAUGGAGCAGAGCAGGAUCCCAAGCAUCUUGAGCAGGAGGCAGAGCGCAUCGGCUACCCUGUGCUUCUGAAGGCGGUCAAAGGUGGCGGAGGCAAGGGCAUGAGGAUCGUCAUGCAGGCCGAUGAGUUUCACCAGCAGCUCGACAGUGCGAAGAGUGAAGCGAGGAGUUCUUUUGGAGACGAUGUCAUGCUCGUUGAGAAGUACAUUACUACACCUAGACAUAUCGAAGUUCAGGUUUUUGCUGAUAAGCAUGGAAACUGCGUUGCGCUUGGCGAGAGAGACUGCAGUAUUCAGAGACGACAUCAGAAGAUUCUGGAGGAGUCUCCAGCACCCAAUCUGCCAGAGGAUGUUCGGCAGGACUUGUGGGAAAAGGCUCGGCAGGCGGCGUUGGCGGUUGGGUACGAAGGUGCAGGGACCGUCGAGUUCAUCUUCGACAACGACAGCGGCGAGUUCUUCUUCAUGGAGAUGAACACGCGGCUGCAGGUCGAGCACCCAGUCACGGAAAUGGUGACAGGCGAAGAUCUGGUCCGGUGGCAGAUCAUUGUUGCAGAAGGCGGCAAGCUUCCACUCACUCAAGCGCAAGUGGAAGAGCAGAUCAAGAACCGGGGCCAUGCUAUAGAGGCACGAAUAUAUGCAGAAGACCCGAGCAUGAACUUCAUUCCUUCAACAGGCAAGCUGCUGCAUCUACGGACUCCUCCAGCAGGCGAGAGCGUGCGGAUUGAUGCAGGCUUUGUGGAAGGCGAUGAGGUAUCCUCACAUUACGACCCCAUGAUUGCGAAACUCAUCGUCAGCGGCCCAGAUCGGAAGUCGGCUUUGCAGAAGCUGGUGGCGGCGUUGGAGCAAUACGAGAUUGCUGGCCCGGUCACGAACAUCGAGUUCAUCAAGCGGGUGUGCGUAAGCCGGCAAUUCGUCGAUGGCGAGGUCGAGACAGGCUAUAUCCCGAAGCACCACGACGAGCUGUUCGCAAAAGAAGCAGCAGAGCCGGAAGUGCUCGCACAGGCUGCAAUCGGGCUCUACGAAUCUGAGCAGACACGACGAGAUCACAAAUCACCCAUCACGCCCUUACAGACCAUCGGCUUCGGCAACGCACCGCAGCCACGCCAAUUCCACAUCGUCGAAACGUCCUCCGACCCCCAAAUCCAGAACAAACCCACCACCGUCCAAAUCCUCAAAACCGCACCAAAAACCUACCACGUCACCAUCAACUCCCAAACCUACAUCACCACCUCCCACUUCAACCCCUCCACCUCCACCCUAACCUCCUUCUUCCCCCACACCCGCCUCGAAACAACCCUCAUCCCCAACCCCACCAACAACAAUGCCCUCACCCUCUUCACCCGCGGCCGACAAUACCGUCUCCACCUCGCCACCCCCGCUUGGGCGGAGAAGGCGCUCGGAUUAAAGGAUCUCGCGCACUCUGUAUUGGCGCCUAUGCCGUGUAAAGUGCUGAGAGUGGAGGUGGAGGAGGGACAAGAGGUGAAGCGGAACCAGCCGCUGGUGGUGAUUGAGAGUAUGAAGAUGGAGACGGUGAUUCGGAGUCCGCAGGACGGGAGGGUGAGGCGGGUGGUGCAUCGGGCGGGGGAGAUGGUUAAGGCGGGGACGGGGCUGGUGGAGUUUGAAGGGGAGGACGAGGGAGGGAAAUAG